AUGGCAGCCGACGAGAUCAAAGAGGCCCCUUACACAGACGAGCCCCAUGUCGAUAUCGACACAGCUCAGGCCGAAGUGGAAGAUAAGUUCGAAGUCUUCAAGCGAGGAGAUGGCCAAGUCGACUUUCGAACUGUCUCCUGGAUUCGCGCAUCCGUGAUCUUUCUCAAGAUCAUUUUCGCCACGGGCGUGCUCUCCAUCCCUUCAUUGAUGUACCAGCUAGGUGCCUUCCCAGGUGCCAUCACUGUUGUGGGAUGGAGUCUACUGAACACCUACUGUGCCCUGGUGCAAGGUAAUUUCCGCAAUGCCUAUCCAGGCUGCCACUCGAUCGCAGAUAUGGCACAGGUCGUCGGCGGUCCUAUUGUGAAAGAGCUCGUCGGCGCCUUAUUCACCAUCAGCUACGUGAUCGUCGCUGCAUCGGGGAUCAUCGGCGUGUCAACGGCGUUCAACGCCCUCUCUCUCCACUCCAUAUGCACAGUAUGGUUCUCCUUCAUCGGAACAAUCAUCAUAGCCAUGUGUGCCAGCGUCCGCAAAUUCUCCCACAUCGGCUGGCUCACCUGGCUCGGCUUCGGCAGCGUCUACAUCGCCGUAUUCAUCAUCGUCAUCGGCGUGACCGUUCGUGACCGACCAGCCGCAGCUCCCCAGACAGGCGACUUCGACUUCGGCUACCGAGUCAUCGGAAACCCGGACUUCACAACGGGAAUCACGGCCUCGGCCACUAUCUUCGUCUCCAGCGCCGCGACCUCUGCCUUCCUCCCCGUGAUCUCAGAGAUGCGCAAGCCAAAGGAUUACCCCAAAGCCGUCUACCUCAGUAUGAGCCUCGUAACAGCCUCAUAUCUUACCUUUAGCUUGGUCAUCUAUGCCUGGUGCGGCAAGUGGAUUGCCUCACCGUCGCUUGGAAGCGCUGGCGAAACUGUCAAACGCGUUGCGUAUGGUAUCGCACUCCCCGGUCUGAUCAUUAGUGGCUGUCUUUACGUCCACGUCGCAGCCAAGUAUCUCUUUGUGCGGAUCUUGCGCAAUUCCCGCCAUCUGCAGGCCAACACGGCCGUUCACUGGGGAACAUGGUUAUCAUGUACGGUGGGCACAGCGGCUAUUUCCUUCGUGUUAGCUGAGGCAAUUCCGAUUUUCAAUUAUGUUCUGGCGCUGGUUGGGAGCUUGUGUUUUGCGCCGUUGGCUAUCAGUCUGCCUGGGUGGUUGUGGAUAUAUAGCCACCGAGAUUAUUGGCGGGCUGUCCUCGCGCUCUGCGCAUUCCAAGAAAUCGCAGUCGCAAGUCCCAUCAAGAACCUACCUACCAUCGCGCACGAGCUGCCUCAGCUCCCGAUCUCUCCACCAAUGCCCAACGAUGCCUUAUCUACGCCAUCCACCACUCCGCCCCAACACGAUAAGCGCUACUACUACCCAGAGACACUCCCCGACGAAGAUGAACUCGAAGCCGUUUUGAAAGAACAAUCAUUACGCGAGGCGGGCUUCGUCUCUGCGACUGCACAAAGCACUCAAUUCUCGCUGAAGCAGAAGCAGACGCAGACGCAGACGCAAAAGCUGCACAACUCACCGGAUGCGGAACCGCCGAUCCCCGAGCCGAUGCACCCGAGUCCUCAGACAUCGCCUAAGUCGGCAGGUCGUGCAAUUAUCACGUACCGAUGGGAGAAGGUGCCUGAUCUAUGGCCGCCAUUCAGCUUCUUUUUCAUUGCGUCGGCGCUGGUCUGCAUGUUCACGAUUCUGCGCGGGGUUCGCUCGAAGACGUGA